UGUCUGAAAUUUUCAGAAUUCUGUACAGUGUGCAGACGACAGGACGGUGCGAAGCUGCCUUUAUACCAUCCGCGCCUGUAAGGAGGAGGUGGAGAGUAGGAGGGUCACCGGAGGAAGGCUCACUGCAGAAUGGAUGAAGCCAAAAAAGAGGGAAAUAUGGCAGCAGACGGCGUUAACGGGCCAGGGGACGCGCAGACGCGAGCGCACAGCGAUGAGCUGGUGCGGUCAGUCUCACUACACAGCCGCAGGCCACGCGCACUGCACGGUACGGUGUUUCCCUUCCUGCUCCUCUACCCGGGCUGUUUCUAUAUGUGGUUUGGAGUUUACGGUGCUUCCGAGUACGUUGAGGCCGGCCUGCUAGCGCUCGCCGCUAUCGGGAUCGCGCACGUCCUGACAGUGCUGUCUGGCUACUGGUCCGUGCACGCGCACUGCUGGCUCACCUGUUCCAAGGAGUCUGAUCCAGGCAAAGCUACUUUUGCAAAAGUCAUACCGACACCAAACAACGGCUCAGCCGAAUUAGUGCCUCUGCUGAGGGAUAAGGAUGAGGAUGGAGAAGAAAUUCUGUCUUUCGAGUUUCAAAAGAUCCGCUACGUGUUUGACAGCAAGGAAAAGAGAUGCUUUCUGCCGGUGGCGUUUCCAAUCAACCACCCCAUGAGUUACUUCCAGAACUGGAAAGGCUACCAGGAGGAGUCUCAGUUGCGGGCUGCGGAGAAGUGUUAUGGAACAAACCGUGCGGAGAUGAUGGUGCCGGACUUCCUGGAGCUCUUCAGAGAAAGAGCUACAGCCCCUUUUUUCGUCUUCCAGGUGUUUUGUGUGGGUCUGUGGUGUUUGGAUGAAUACUGGUAUUACAGUGUUUUUACACUCUUCAUGUUGGUGGCGUUUGAAGCGUCUCUGGUGCAGCAGCAGAUGAGGAAUAUGUCAGAGAUCCGCAGGAUGGGAAACAAACCUUACAUGAUCCAGGUCUAUCGGAACAGAAAAUGGAGGCCUGUUUCUAGUGAUGAACUGGUCCCUGGAGACAUUGUCUCAGUUGGGCGUUCUCCUCAGGAUAACCUGGUUCCCUGUGAUGUUCUGCUGCUGAGAGGCCGGUGUAUCGUGGAUGAGGCCAUGCUCACAGGAGAGUCAGUUCCUCAGAUGAAGGAGCCUGUGGAGGACCUGGACCCUGAGAGGACUCUGGACCCGCAGGUUGAUUCCCGUCUGCACGUCAUCUCAGGUGGAACCAAAGUGGUUCAGCACAGCCCACCUCUGCGAGCUAGUACAGGCCUAAAACCUGUGGACAAUGGUUGUGUAGCUUAUGUUUUACGGACAGGAUUCUACACUUCUCAGGGAAAAUUGUUGAGAACGAUUCUGUUCGGAGUGAAGCGGGUGACGGCGAACAACCUCGAGACGUUUAUAUUUAUCCUCUUCCUGUUGGUUUUUGCCAUCGCUGCUGCUGUGUAUGUUUGGGUGGAGGGCACAAAGGACCUGAGCAGGAACAAAUAUAAGUUGUUUCUGGAGUGUACACUUAUUCUCACCUCAGUUGUGCCACCUGAAUUACCCAUAGAGCUCUCAUUGGCUGUUAACACAUCUCUUAUAGCUCUGGCCAAACUCUACGUGUUUUGCACUGAACCUUUCAGGAUCCCCUUCGCAGGGAAGGUGGAGAUUUGCUGCUUUGACAAAACUGGAACACUAACAAGUGACAGCUUGGUAGUUCGAGGUGUAGCAGGGCUCAGAGAAGGUAAGGAAUUGACACCAGUGUCCGAGAUCCCGGUGGAGACGCACAGGGUGGUGGCCACGUGUCAUUCUCUGGUCACGCUGGAUGAUGGACAGCUGGUGGGUGACCCGCUGGAGAAGGCUAUGCUGACCGCAGCAGACUGGACACUCACUAAAGAUGAGAAGGUGUUUCCUCGCAGUAUAAAGACUCCAGGCCUGAAGAUUCAUCAGAGGUUUCAUUUCGCCAGCUCUCUGAAGAGGAUGUCUGUGUUGGCGUCGUACGAGCGUCUGGGCUCCACUGAGCUCUGCUAUAUCUCCAGUGUUAAAGGAGCUCCGGAGACGCUGAGGAACAUGUUCUCAGAGCGUCCGGACAGUUACGAUGAGGUGCACAGAGAGAUGUCACGAGAGGGAGCGAGAGUUCUCGCGUUGGGAUACAAAGAGAUGGGCUAUCUGAACCAUCAGCAGGUGAGAGAAGUGAGCCGUGAUAUGCUGGAGUGUCACCUGCGGUUUGCAGGAUUCAUGGUGGUCUCCUGCCCACUCAAGAACGACAGCAAAUCUGUUAUCAGAGAGAUACAAGAGGCCUCACACCAUGUUGUAAUGAUAACAGGUGACAACCCUUUAACUGCUUGUCAUGUGGCCAGAGAGCUGCAUUUCAUCCAGAAAGAGCACACACUCGUACUACAGCAGGGUCCCAGUCAAGCAGCCGAUUGGCAGUGGGAAUCUAUAGACGGCAGUGUGCACCUUCCUCUACCUCAUUCAUCAGUCCCAGAUCUGAUCAGGCGAUAUGACCUCUGUGUAACGGGUGAAGGGCUCACCAGGUUGACCUACGACCCCAGUUUGCUGAACGGCCUGCUUCCUCAUGUGCGAGUCUUUGCUCGUGUUAGCCCCAAACAAAAGGAAUUCGUCAUAACUAGUCUAAAGGGACUUGGUUUUGUUACACUGAUGUGUGGAGACGGAACGAAUGAUGUGGGUGCACUCAAACAUGCCCACAUAGGUGUGGCGCUGUUGGCCAACGCCCCAGAGAGGAUACCAGAGAAGAGGAAGAGAAAUAAAGACAAAGAGGGUUCCUCUGUAGAUCCCAGACCUGCUCUUCCAGUCACGAGUUCAGGGAUGAAACUCACUUCACGUGGAGCCAGACACAGAUUGAUAGCACAGAGGGAGGAACAGCUCGCUGCACAAAAGGAACGGAUCAGUCAGGUACUACGAGAAUUAGAGGAAGAUCAGAUUCAAGUGGUCAAGCUGGGCGACGCCUCCAUCGCUGCCCCGUUUACUUCUAAGCUGUCCUCCAUACAGUGCAUCUGUCACGUGAUAAAACAGGGUCGCUGCACUCUGGUGACCACCCUGCAGAUGUUUAAGAUCCUGGCGCUGAACGCUCUGGUCCUCGCGUACAGUCAGUCUGUCCUCUAUCUGGAGGGGGUGAAAUUCAGCGACUUUCAGGCCACACUACAGGGCCUGCUGCUGGCCGGCUGCUUUCUGUUUAUCUCCAGGUCAAAGCCUUUGAAGACCUUGUCUAAAGAGCGGCCUUUACCAAACAUCUUCAACCUGUACACUGUCCUGACGGUGCUGCUGCAGUUUGCAGUUCACUUCUGCAGUCUGGUGUAUCUCUAUAAAGGGGCACAGAGCAGAAGCCCACCCAGGGCAGAGCAUUUUGCAGACUUGUACAAAGAGUUCGAGCCCAGUCUCAUAAACAGUACUGUAUACAUAAUGUCCAUGGCCAUGCAGAUGGCUACAUUUGCCAUUAACUAUAAGGGUCAUCCCUUCAUGGAGUCUCUCAGCGAGAACCGGCCCUUGCUGUGGAGCAUCGCUAUAUCAGGACUCGCCAUAGUUGGGCUGCUGACGGGGUCAUCGCCCGAAUUCAACGAACAGUUUGCCUUAGUGGACAUUCCAACUGAGUUUAAGUUAAUAAUAGCCCAGGUUCUAGUUUUGGACUUUGUCGCCGCCCUGCUGGUGGAUAGAGUUUUGCAGUUCCUGCUGGGCAAAGGAACCCUGAGGUUGCCUAAAUGAACUGUUAUUCCCAACAGUCACCAAAGCAGCUGCUGCCCCUAGUGACCAGACUGUGAACUGGCUUUACAGCACAAUGGUACUUGACUGGUGGUGGCAAACUCUGCCAGAUGCAAAAAGAAGGGCGUGAUUCAUUACUACAACACACCCCAGUGUUUCCAUUUCUUCAUUGUCUCUGUCUUUGCUCUGGCUUAAUCCUUUAGCUACUUUUCAUUUCUACUGACAUCUUCAUACUGACACCCCCUCAACUCUAAAGGCCAAGAAAACUACAGUAUUGCAUUGAAGGUGAUGGUGUGUUUUAGUGCUGUUGAAGCACGCAGGGGCAUUCUGAAGACGAACCUCAGUGUUUGUUUGUUUUUUCUUUUAUGUUUUCGUUUUGUAAAAAGACAGAUCUGUAAAAAACAUAUAAAUGAUCAAAAAAUCUU